AUGAUUAACGAAUUACAAAAACCAAUUUUCCCGCUCGUACCAGGUGAGAAGGUACCAGCGAAGAAUGCGAUGGGAUUUAAUGAUCCCGCGAAUUAUGAAAAGCUACGAAGUCUGUGUAAAAUAGGCGAAAACUACGGACUACUUAUGGGAAAAAAUACGGGGUUGUUUUGCCUCGAUUUUGACUUGUAUAAAAGUCCACAAGAGAAGGAAAAAUGUACGUUAGAAAAUUUAAAAGAAAACUUUGGUGAGAAUGUCUACGUGACGGAGACACCACGAGGAGGGUUUCAUGUUGUGUUUGAGUACGAACCGUGUAUGGAUACUUGGAGUCAAGUGACUGGUAUAGACGGAUACUUGGAUACACGGACGACGGGUGGAUACAUAGUGGGUGCUGGAUCUAAAACAGUUGACGGUGAAUACAAGAGACUAAAUGGCGACAUAUUGAAACCGACGAAGAUGCCCGAGGAAUGGAAGGGCUUGAUUGAAGAGAAGAGCAAAAUAUGUCGGAAGAGGGACUUUUCUGGUGACGAGUUUGCGGGUGAUAAGGAUAUAGAAAAGGCGUUGGAAGAUAAGGGAUUUCAUAACAUCGAAUGGGCGACUGAGUAUAGUUUUAAAGCAGAUGAAAAUGGGAAGAAGUGUCCGUGCUGUGGGAAUGUACACAAUAACAACUGUUGGAAAGUCUCCCAAGCCGAGGAUACGGGGAGUAUUUUUGUAAAGAGUUUUAGCGAUAGAUGUACCUCUACGCUAUUGAUACGAGGCACAAAAGAUCAACUUCCACCGUUUGCUUUUGUGCUCGAUGAAAACGAACCAUUUACUGGUACAUCGAACACUCUCUCGGGCGAAACUCGAGUACACGCACCAAAGAUAAAAUCGUAUGCGGAGACUAAGCAAGAUUUUGAGAAGUACGCGUGUCGAUUAGACGAUGUUUUGGUGUACCCUUAUACAGAUGAGGCAGGAAAUGUUCAGUUGUAUAAUAGGACACAUCUUCGUGAGAAGGAGUCACAUUUGAUGUACGUGCGAAAAACAGAAGACGAAAAUGGCAACGAAAAAAUUGUUCGAUACCCGUUCGUGAAACGGUGGUUAGACGACGAAGAGAAGCGUACAUACAGAACGAUGGGUGUGUACCCGAAGAACUGUCCCAAAGAUGUCUAUAAUAAAUGGGAGGAUUUCGACAUCAAGAAAAAGAUCAAUAAGAAGAGCAUUCCAAAUGGUGAAGGAGACGCACAACCAUUUAUAGAUCUACUUUUGGAUUUGAGUGGUAGUGAACAGAACAGUUACGAGUAUAUUUUGAAAUGGUUGGCGUAUCUUGUACAAUAUCCCGAGGAUAAACCACAGACAGCUAUUGGAAUUAAAGGUAAGUUUGGAAUAGGUAAAAACUUACUGUUUGGACUCGUGGGUGAAGACAUAAUGGGAAGCAAACAUUAUUUCGAGACUUCGAAUCCACUCGAUGAUAUUUUUGGGACACACGCAACCCAGCACGAAGGAAAGAAACUUAUAUUUGUCGACGAGAUGGAAGUUUCGAUCCAAAGAAAAGUAAGUGAACGCAUGAAGGCUUUUAUAACAAACAAGAGUUUAACGAUAAACCCAAAAGGUAUUUCACCAUAUAAUGUCGACCAUUUGGCUGGGUACAUCUUCGCAGGGAAUGGCUUUUUAGUUGCUGUGCCUGAAGAUGAUAGACGCUUCGUUUUAUUCGAGGCGACUGGUAAAUACAUUCACAGUUCGGGUGAAGGAAGAAAGUUUGUGAGAGAAUGGUUUAAAUGGAAGAAAGACCCGAAGAAUUUGAAAGCCGUGUACGAUUUGCUGAUGACUACGGAAACGGAUAUUGAGUAUUUAAAACACGAACGACCCGUGACAGCUUAUUAUAAAAAGGUAAGACUCCAAUCGCUCCCCUUGAUUAUUAAAUGGUUGGAUUAUAUGAUAUGGGACGAUUUUCCGGACAAGUUUUGUAAUGGUAAAGAUGGAAAACGAAAUAUCGAUUCAAAAUUGGAAAGUAAAGUUGGGACGGAACAACUGAUGCGACAUUUUCUUGGGACGUUUAACUAUGGGAAGAUAACAACGAAUGCUAAUGAUUUUGGAAAAGAUUUGGGAAGGUACGUAAAAGACAAACGCCUACCUUUUGAACGAAGUAGGAUGACAGGUGGGAAAAAAGGUUGGAUAUUUACACGAAGAAAGGUAUUCGAUUGGUUAAUCGAAAAUGAUUACACGGAACACUUUUUAAACGAGGAAGGAAAGGAGUACGGAGGAUUACCUAUGCCAAUUGAAGAUCGAUUUAUUUACGGCUCGAUAUAA